AUGGAUUCACGACUCAUGGGCCCGGUGUUACAACAACACAUUCGACGCGUUAUUGGCACCCUCGGGGAUUGCUAUGACGGUCCUAUUCGAGUCAUACGGCGUGCAGAUGAUGAAAUUAUUAGCACCAGGUUUCCGCACCUCAUGACCACGGAGAACGAGUUAAUGCUAUGGAAUUUUCUUUCAGUGAGCGCGGCAGAGCAAAGACAAGUUCUUCGUGAACUGGAUGUAACGUCAACACAGUUAGAACCGUUAGUGGUCGAGGAGCUGCGCGCUGAGUUGCUCGGCAAGGAGCGAAAUGCGGACAGCGAUCAAACCCCGGUCGUCCCGGUUCCUCUGACUGGACUCUAUCCAUCCGCUCUGGGCAGCAAGAUCAUGGACCCCGUUUUCCUCGAUCGGACCGCACAAUUCUCCCCGGGAUUUUACACUACUCGUUCCCCACCCGCUCUCCCUCACUGUCUGUACGAAGCGAUCCGACAGUUGUAA